AUGAAUUUCGACGGCAAAAUGAGUAAAUUCCGCAAAGCUACAAGAUGCACCAAAGUACGCCUGGCGGACACACGGAAAAUUCGGAAUUUUGACGACGACGACGACGAUACGAGGAUGAUGAUCAAAAAUGGAAAAACACGACCAAGUCAACGAAAUUCUACAUAUUUUAAAGUGCUGAUUUUCGCCAUCAACCGCCCGAACAUGAUGGAUUCGGUAUUAGCCGGAGGCAUGAAGAUGAACGAGCUUUUGCUGGCGAAAACACUGUACGCAAUGUGCAGCCGA